UAACAAGUCGGGAUGCAUUCAUGAAGCAGGUCGGCUGUUGGCUAGAUCAGCAGCUAAGUUGUCAAGAGCGUGCCACCGCCAGUACGACUCUGCCUCGUCAUAUGAGCCGCAGUACUCAAAGCGAUGGCUCUGUCCACGGUACUCCUAGUAGUACUAGUGCUAGUACGCGAACCGCGGGGUUUUUUCGACGCCGUCGACGCUCUCGGGGCGCGCUACGAGCACGACGCCCUCGCCUCCGCGCGCUGCAGAGCCAGCUGCUGGCACCAGACCAACAAAAACUCGUGCGUAAAAUCGUGCCUAGCUGCACCUUUUAAUAAACCCGGUCGUUGUCCACAAAACGAGAAAACCUUAUCACCUUUCGACGCCGUGUGCUUGAAGACAUGCACUCAGGAUAAUCAGUGUUCAAAUUUGAAAAAAUGUUGCCGACACAGUUGCGGAGUCACUUGCCAACAUCCCGAAGAACUGUUAUCAGCAGUGGGCAUUCCCCCCAUCCCCCAAGACCUAAAACUGACCGAAGGUUUAAAAAAACGCACGGUCCACAUCGAAUGGAACCCUGGACAACCAACUCCUGGAGUCGUUCUCUAUUUGCUGGAAGAGCGUCACCACACCGGACGCAACUUCUUCGGCGAAGACCUAAGCGACUGGUCGCAGUGCGGCCAAACUAACAAAACUAGUCACAUUUUACGAAAUUUUGUUAAACCUGCCCGAUGGUACCAAUUCCGGGUGGCCGCAGUCAACGAAAAUGGUACCAAAGGAUUUUCCAAUAUUUCUCCCACUUUUAGCGUUUCCGCAAGACCUAGGCCCCCCAGAGCCCCCCAAAACGUGACUGUUAGCCCCCUUUCGAGCGACUCAAACGGGACUUUGAGUGGGGAAUUGCAUUGGGCGCCCCCACUUUCCGAAUUGCCGAUUCAGAAAUAUAAAGUGUUUUGGAGUCGGAGAUUGCAUGGGGAUAAAGCGCUCAAUUCUGUUCUUGUUAAUCAAAGAGUGGUGUCAAAGGAGGAAACAACGUUUUUAUUGCAAAACCUCCAACCAAACUCUUUGUAUUUCCUUCAAAUUCAGGCAUUAGCUCAAUAUGGUAAUAGCCGCCUAAAGGGAGAAAAAUCGGGACUUGUUCUAAACACAACAAACUACAUGAAUGUUACUCAUAAUUUAGUCUCGACUAAACCGCCGAUUAGAAACAAAAUCCAAGACUUACAGGUGCUAAAAAUCUACUGGGCUCAGAAUAGUUUAAAAGCGAAAAUCAUCUGGAAACCUGGGAAGGACUCUUCGAAAUAUGCCGUGUCUUUAUGGGCUUGGCCUUGCCACAAGAAUUCCAAAUCUCGAAACCAUUUCAAAUUAGCAGUGACGACAAAAAUGUCUCAUUACGUUUUAACUGAUCUCGAAUUUGAGUGUCGAUAUAGGGUUAGUGUUAAAAGUAUUUCAGAAGAAGGAAUAAAGUCAGCGGAGGACACUUCGAUAACGUUUCUUAUUCCCUCCUGUAGCGAAUUUAAAAAAACGAAUCGAAAGGCGAAAUGUACAAAUUAAACUGUAACAUAUAUUUAUAACUUUGUUUCGUGACCGAAUAAAUGUUUUA